CGUGACGAACGCGGAGUGAUUGCGUACUGAAAAUAAACAGAGAGUAGUGGAGUGGUGACAGCAGCGCGGGUCGAAUGAUGUCUUCGCCGAGUAAAAAGCCCAAAGAAUUGGAGGAUCCAGGUUCCGGCGAAGGCGUUGAGUCGCGAGAUUAUGACAUUGAAAUACAAAAGACACUCGAGGAGAUUGACGGGUGUCAGAAUCAAAUCGAUGGCCUCAAUGAGAAAGCCAGCGAUGAAAUUCUCGAGGUUGAGAAGAAGUAUAAUAAGUUGCGUAAGCCCUACUUCCAGAAACGGAAUGACAUUAUCAAGAGGAUACCCAAUUUUUGGGUCACUGCAUUUGUAAACAACAAAGAAAUAGCAGAGAUAUUAGAAGAAGAUGAAGAAGAUGCUCUUCGAUUUUUAAACAAAUUAGAAGUUGAAGAAUUUGAAGAUAUUAAAUCUGGUUAUAGAAUCAAUUUUCACUUUGAUGAGAAUCCAUAUUUUGAGAACGAUGUUCUUACCAAGGAAUUUCAUCUAGGUUCUUCUGGAGAUCCAGCAUCUCAAAGUACAUCUAUUCGUUGGAAAGAGGGUGCAGAUUUAACAAAAAGAGCAAAAACCAAAGCCCCGCUAAAAGGACGCAAAAGGCCGUUGAAGCACAGAUCAUUUUUCGAUUGGUUCACGGACCAUGGAGAUCCAAGUUCAGACGAAAUAGCAGAAUUAAUUAAAGACGAUAUGUGGCCUAAUCCAUUGCAGUAUUAUUUGGCACCGGACAUGGACGUCGAAAACGGUAUCGAGGGAGACGGCGAAGAUUGCGACACGGAAGAAGAAGAGGACGAAGAGGAAGAUGGUGGUGCGGACGAUGGGGACGAAGCAGGAGAGGGUGAGGAAGGGGACGAUAGUAUAGUUGUGGUCGAAGACGAUGUGGAUGAAGACGAAGAUGAAGAAGAGGCUGUGAAUGACGAAGAUGAUGGAGUAAACGAAGAGGAUGAUUUGUUAGUCGACGAUGAAGUGGAUCGUGAAGAUGGUGACGGAGAAGACCCGGAAUAGAAUUAAAAGUUGAUUUUUCACAACAUAGACAUUGAAAAGAAAAAGAAUCACUGAAAAUACACAUCAGAUUGGUUGAAAAUAGAUGAUGUUUGCAGGACUGAAAAUAUUGAGCCAUAUGAAUAAACCUCGGGAUAAGUUUUGGCAACUGAAUUUAACAGGCUUCUUUUGGCUGUUGAAAAAGGAUACUAACCGUGUGUGUAUAAAUAUAGAAAUAUUUAUUCGAUCGUGCUGAAAGUAACGAAGGAAACAACGGCAGUCCGAGUCAAGUUAGAUAGGUUUUACUUUGCACUUUAUUCGAAAAUAGUGCCAGAAUGCAGUACGAAUUCCCUUAGUUGUAUUCAUAUGGCCUAGUCAUUCUCUAUUAUAGUGGGCAUACGAUGAGAAACACCUGUUGAGCUUGAUCAUGUUAUGAGUAUAUUAAGAAGAAAAGAAAUUAUAAAAUAUGACGAGAUAGAGGACAGGUGUUUUUUUUCGUCUUGUUUUAUCAUAAAAAUCUAUUCCAUCGCAUUUCUUCCAGAACGAGGUGUUUUAGAUAUUUUUCAGAGUGACAAUACCCCAUAGUUAUAUGUCGAGAUUUACAGCAUUUCAUUUUUCUCAUUGAGAGAUCUGUUAUAUGUUUUAUUGAUGGAUCACAGCCUUGAAUAAUUGCAGUCGCAGUCUGUUUAAUACUACCAAAAUGUAAAGAUAAUUUUCUGAAUUUUGUAUGUUCUUGAUAAGUUUGGAUAUUUUUAACAAACAACCGACAACAUAUCGCUAAGAAUUAUAAUUGUGUAUCAAUGUAACAGUGUAUUUAUACAGAUGAGUGAUAUCUAUACGAAAGUAUAAAACCUAAAUACAAUUCAUGAUUUUAUUUUUAGUACUUUUUAUUAUUAUUAUUAUUAUUAUUAUUAUUAUUACGUUUUUGUCGCUGACACGCUGUGACGUCGUAAAUUUACUCUUUUGACGAGUGUACAAAGGUUUUGAUAAACCCACCGGUUUUCGUUACAUAUUUAUUUCCGCUAUAACGAUGUUUUAACGUUAAUAAAAAUGAAUGAUAUUGUAGCUAUCUGUGUAUGUAUCAGGUUCAACACUAUCGAUUGCGUAUUUGCAAGUGUUUUUCUAUACGGUGCAGGUAAAUGAUAAAAAAUGUAUUCUUUUUAACUUCUUCUUUUUUUUAAACAUUGUACGCCACCAGUGUGGCAAUGCGUACAACAUAAUGAUUAAAAGAAUUUAAUUUUAAUUGAAAUUUGGUGCAUGUGAAUCGGUGGUUGAUGGAAAAAUAACCGUUCACCGUGUUUGUUUAUAGCGAUUCGAAAAGUUGGCUUUCCAGUGAAACAUUCUCGACAUCUUGCUUGAACUUUGAAUCGAAAUUUGUCACGUCGGCUAUCAGUUAACGGAAAUUCACCUCGUUCUAUUCUUCCAGACUUUACAUAAUAAAACUUGUCAGUUUCGCGAGAAAAAGUAAAAAUAUAUCGCAAGCGUUUUUCACAGGCGCGUAGUUCGACACGCGCUUCUAAUUCUAAGGGCACCUUUUCACAUUACUGUUAGAAUCGAAAGGUGAACGUUAGAAUGAGGAGUACAUAAUCACAACCCCCCUGUUAUAUAUCCCGCGGUGUGCCAACAAACAAACUAAAAGAACGAAGAACACAUUGCGAUUGAUUUUUAGACUUCGGUGCGAAUAAAUGGUUCUAUUAAAUGGUGGUUUGAUCAGCGUUUACUCUCAAGUCUAGGAAAAAUCAAAUAAUUACGCCGCUCAAAAUAGAUACGCUAUUAUAUCUGAUUUAAUUACUCAAAAAUUAUCCAAGGAACAUGUUUUUAAAUAAAACUUGUUUAUUAAUAGGUCUUGGAUAAACCAGUUGCGAAUCAAGAGACGAUCUUUCGAUUAACAUGAAAUUAUUAUGAUAUUAAAAAUAAAAAUCUCUUAGAAUAAGAUUCCUAUUUUUCUACUGAAUGUUUAACAUUAGCAAAGUAAGCAAUUAUUUGAUUCCUCCUAGAAAGCGACAAGGUACGCUUUUCUACGACGUAAUUGUCCUCUCAAUAAAUUAAACGACUACUGUCUUGAAAUAAUCAGCGUUAAACGAUGAUAACGCGUUCAAGCAAUGUAUGUGUAUUCAUGAUGGCGUCGAGUUGGCACAUGGUCGCACAAAGGAUACCUGUGUCCCGGGAUCAGCGAAUAGACACGGAACAAGCGCAUAACAUUUUUCAAAUCGAUCGACGUAUUCGUUAUGCGAUCAUACAGCAAACGAACGAAACAAAGUUGUCACUUUGAUAUAGGAAUGAGUUUUUAUAUUUGAAACUACUCAUAAAUAGAAAUACGCGAACUUGAGACAUUUUAAUACAAGGAUCGAUCAAACAUUUUAC